UUCUAUCACUUCCCUCACUCUCUUUGAAGUUUGAGUUCAUUACUUUUCUCUCUCUGCUAACCUUCACCAUGGGUGCACUACACAUUUUCCUCUUCACUCUCAUGUCCAUUACUAUUUCCAUUCAUGCACACAACAUUACUGAAAUCUUAAGCAAGUUUCCAGAGUACAGUGAGUUCAACAGUUACCUCACACAAACAAAACUCGCCGACGAAAUCAACAGCCGUACAACUAUCACUGUCUUAGCUUUAACCAAUGGAGCCAUGGCCGAUGUUGUCGGCAAACACCCACUUUCUGUCAUUAAAAACGUUCUUUCCCUUCACAUCUUGCUCGAUUACUUUGACAGCACUAAACUCCACAAGAUAUCUGACGGCACUACACUUACCACUACCCUUUACCAAACAACUGGUAAUGCUAACGGCAACUUGGGUUCCGUUAACAUCACCGAUCUUAAAGGUGGUAAAGUGGGUUUCGGCUCAGCUGUUUCACACUCGCCGUUAGCGUCUACGUACACCAAAUCCGUUAAGCAAAUCGAGUAUAAUAUCUCUGUGUUGGAGGUUAGUUCUCCAAUUAUUGCUCCGGGUAUUUUGACUGCUCCGGCACCGUCUGCGUCGGACUUUAAUAUAACGGCGGCAUUGGAGAAAGCUGGGUGUAAAACAUUUGCUGCAUUACUUGUCCAAUCCGGGGUUCUCAAGACGUAUCAAACUGCCAUUGAAACGGGUUUAACUGUCUUUGCACCAAAUGAUGAGGCGUUCAAGGGCAAAAAAGUUCCAGAUCUGAACAAACUGAAAAGUGCUGAGGUGGUUUCGCUAUUACAGUAUCAUGCUGUUCCGAGUUACACUCCUAUUGGGACUUUGAAAACGAAGAAGGAUCCUAUUUCUACUCUAGCUACUAAUGGUGCUAGUAAGUAUGAUUUGAGCGCUUCUACAGCUGGUGACCAGGUGACGCUUGACACCGGCGUUGACUCGUCAAGAAUCGCUUCAACUGUGAUUGACUCUACGCCGUUCUGUAUUUUCACCGUCGACAGUGUGCUUCUCCCAGAGGAGUUGUUCGGGAAAGCUCCUUCUCCGGCGCCUGGACCUGCACCGGAGACUUCUCCGGCACCCGCACCUGAGGGAGCUUCCCCUGGCCCUGCUCCGGAGGCCAGCUCUCCUUCUCCAAUGAUGUCUCCUCCGGCGCCGCCUACCUCGUCUCCAGCUGGUGCUCCGGCGGAUGGUCCUGCCGCUGAUUCCGAGAACAGUACGGCGAAGAAAAACGUCGGUAACGUUAACGCUCCGGCAUUGCUGAAGGUUCUACUUACAGUGUCAGUUUCGGUAAUUGUGUCCGUUUAUUUGUCCUAGAUCGUCAUUUACGGGUUUUGUUUAACUUUUUUGUUUUUUUGGGUUUCUGGAGUCAUAUUUUUAUUUGUGACUGCUUGCAGAGAAGAUUUUAUUUAAUUUGAUUUAUAAUUUUUAAAUGUCCUUUAAUAGUGAUUGAGUCGUUGAGCUGAGGAAGGAGGACAUGUUUUUGUUUUUUCUUUUUUUUGUUCAGUUGCUGUACUUUUGUUUAUGUUAAAUCCUUUUCUUAUUUUUAGUGUUGUGAAUUGUGAUACUUUAAUAA